AUGGCUCAAGAAGCCAAAGAACAAUUUGCACGAGGUAUAGAAAGCGAGGCCUUUAACCGUCUUGAAGAUAUCGCAAAGACUAUUAAUGUGUUGAAAGACUUUAAAACAAAUAUUGAACAACUGCAUUCCAUGGCUACGCCCCAUACUACGCCACAAGCAUCUCCAUCAACGUCAGUAUCUACACAGCCUAUUGUACCACACCAAAAAACAAAUAAGAGAGCUGUGACUGUAAAAUAUGAAAAACCUAGGAAAGCGAUAAAAUCGAAUGUUGAAGAUACUCCUACUAUAACAAGCGAAGUGUAUUCUGUUAAUGUUCGCGAUUUAGCUAGCACUGGUGAUCAUUUUGCUCCGCCAUCUCCCAUUUUUGCUCCACAGGGUGUUGUACUUCAAAAUACGACACGCACGCAUACACAUGCACCGUUAGAUCCCAUGCUUUUGAAAAAUCUUGAUGAUAUAUUCAUAAGCUUUUUACAAACCAUUUGUUCUAAUCUGGACGCUACUGAUUCAAAGGGUGAACAGAUUCAUCAGACUUUAAUGGCAAAAAAGAUGCAAAAGUUGGAUGAGUCUCCUGACUUUCGUCCAUUCAAAUUUCGAAUUCAAGCAUUCACUAAUGCCUUUCAUGAAGAAUUACUUCGUCAUGGAUUUAACGAAGAUAUGUUACCAUUAAGAAAAGUGAAGAAUUAUUUGUGGACGCAAAGAUAUAUCUCUCGAUUUAAUGAGGAUGGUAAAAAGGCCAAAUCCAAGGGUAAUCAUGUAUGGAAUAUAGAAGCCAAAAAAACACCUACUGGUGGGUGGAUAUUUCGCGAGUUUACUCGCAAAAUAGCUGGAAUUCCUGAUAAGAUUGCUUACGUUGGAACAAAAUAUACUUAUGCACCUCGAGUUUGGGAUCCGCAAGUUAACGUUAAAUCUAUAAAAGCUGUAUUUCACUCACCAUGGCUACCAGAAUGGCUUCGUUGGGAAAAUAAUAUUUUGACAGGUACUCCAGAUAUGAACUCAGAGACGUGUGAAAUUACAGCAAUUGCCAAUUAUUAUCACGGUGAUACCGUUUAUAAGCUUGAAAAAUCUUUCGUCAUUACUGUGGCACAUAUUGAUCAAACUGAACACGAUUUGAAUCUUAAUUCUGUAGCUUCUUUCCAUGCAACGAGUUUGUUCCUUCAAAAGUCUGGAACACCACCUCCAGCGGAAGGCUUUAUGCCUGGUGUUUCCCAGUCUAGCUUUAUAAAAAGUACACAAGAAGCAGCUCUGAAAAAUCCUGAAUUUGAUAUUGGAGUCGUAAAUGGAGAGACAAAAAAAAUGAAUAUGUUCCAAGCAAUAAAUGAUGCCAUGAGCAUUGCAUUGGCAACUGAUGAGACAGCAGGCAACGUGUAUAAUCAUUAUCUUUAUGUUAUCUUUGGUGAAGAUGUGGCUUUCGGUGGAGUAUUCCGCUGCACUUUAGGGUUAGCCGAAACAUUUGGUAGACAUCGUGUGUUCAAUACACCAUUGUCCGAACAAGGUAUUGCCGGAUUUGGUAUAGGAAUGGCGGCAAUGGGUCAUACAGCUAUUGCUGAAAUUCAAUUCGCAGAUUAUAUAUUUCCGGCUUUUGAUCAGCUUGUCAACGAAGCUAGCAAAUAUAGAUACCGUUCGGGUGGUUUAUUCAAUGUUGGUGGUUUUACUGUUCGAUCACCUUGUUCGGCUGUGGGUCACGGUGGACAUUAUCAUUCGCAAUCACCAGAGGCAUAUUUUACUCACACACCUGGGCUGAAGGUGAUUAUGCCUAGAAGUCCAAUACAAGCUAAAGGUCUUUUAUUAGCAUCAAUAAGAGAUCGAAAUCCCGUAAUAUUUUUGGAACCUAAAAUUUUAUAUCGUGCUGCUAUUGAACAAGUUCCAGUAGUUGAUUAUGAACUUCCUUUAGGUAAAGCCGAGAUACUCAAAUCUGGCAAAGAUGUAACUGUGGUAGGAUACGGAUCCAUAAUUUAUAUUCUAGAAAAUUCCAUUCGAUUGGCAGAGAAAAGCUUUCCUGGCCUAUCAUGUGAACUCAUAGAUUUAAGAUCCCUGUUACCUUGGGAUGUUGAUACCGUUGCAAAAUCUGUGAAUAAAACUGGAAGGUUGGUUAUUGCUCAUGAGGCACCUCAAACUUCUGGUUUUGCAGCUGAAGUUGCAACAAGUAUAAUGGAAAGAUGUUUUUUAAGACUUGAAGCACCAAUCCAGAGAGUUUGUGGAUGGGA